AUGCAGGCUCUCCUAGGACGGUUGCUCCUCUGCAUGGCAAUCUUUUUGUGCACCCUCUCCGCCCUCCCAACAGACCAGUCCUCGUCAGAGGUGGCCAUUCGAGCAAGAGGCGAUCUCGAAAUCCUUGACACACUCGAAGAUGCAACCGGAAAGGGGAUUUUCAAAAGAGGACCGCCAACUGCCAUGCUGUUUUCUGGCCCUGGAUCAAUGCUGGCUGUCAUGGGCGCGGGUGUCUGUCUCCGAAUUCAGUCUCCACCUGUCUGCAUUGCAUAUGUGGCGGUAGUGACGGCAAUCGCCCUGUCGGAUAUUGCAAAGAAGGAAUUCUACUUUUGGACGGAAGAAAGGCAUAAUUGGGCGAAAGAGAGGAAACAACAGGACGCCACCUUGGACAUUGCGAAAGCAACGAAGAAGAAACUGGAGGAUGAAAAGGUCUUUCAACUGCAAAACAUGAUGCUGGAUCAGAGUGACAAGAAGUUUACCGCUUGGAAAAACAAGCGGAUCAUGGAAUCUCACGAGUGGAAGACCAAGUGGAUCCCAAGGUGUGCCAGUGCAAUUUACAUCUCAGAGGGCUUUGACGAUGAGUUCAAGUCCCUGGCCGAGCAAGCGGGAAAAAACAUGACUCAAUCCAUCACUCUCGCCGAUCGAAUUACAUCCAAGGACUUGAAAUUGGACCUGGAGGACUGGCAAAAGUGGUUGAAGGGCGAGGAGGGCCAUGCGACAGUAGAAGGGUGGAGAGAUGUGAGGAUCAAGACCGAAACGGCAAUCAUUAACCUGGAGAAAGGAUUAAGAGGCUUCAAGAAGAAGGCCGACAAAGAGAAAGAAGAUCUCCAAAAGCAAGUGCAGGAUCUGACACCGAUCCCCUAUAAAGUGCCGGGCGCCUUCCCCGACGAUGACGACGAUAACCAGAACACCCGGCGAGCAGUUGGGUUUGACUUGCCAGAGCUGAUCGGCGAGUUUAACGAAGAUUGCGAUAACCAAAUGUGCCAUCGAAUGUGGUAUUCCCGCUCUGUGAUCAAACGACGGAAGCGAGACGGAUCCCGGCCCAUGAUUAUCCACAACAUUUUCUCGACACCGCUCCAUGUGGACUUCCACGCAGGGAUCCUCCGACGACGCAAUCCGCCGCCCAUGCUGGACAACUGUGAUCUGGAGCAAGAGGUGAUUGGGGGUGAUGACAAGAACAAGCCUCUGUUCUUUCGGCUGUCGUCGACGUUUGGCCGCGACUGGAAGAGUCUGGUCAAGAUCGCCACCUCCAAAACCACCAAGGAUGAACUCAAAGAGCAGCUGGAGAAGGGCCCCGCCAAAGACAUGGCCGAAGGGAAGUCAGGAUGUUUGAAUAUUGAUACCGACGAUGGCGGCGACCCGGCGCUCAAAACCGUUGCUAUAUUCACCCACGACGAGUCGAUAUACGAUCAGGAUCUCACAGAUGAGUUCACGAAGUGUGAGGAGGUGAAGAAGAGUUCCUGA